GUAAGUAUCUUACAUUUGUAGGUACCAUAUCCCUGGAAUCCCUGGAGUCGGGAUCCUUGUUCCUUCAGAGUUCCCGGCCAACCUGCCCAGACCCCCGGUUUAGUUUAACUAUUCGUCUUCCAAGUUGUUCAAUCUUACAUCGUGACCUAAACUUUCUCAUACUGCACAAAAGAAGAGCCCGUGUGUGCCGUGUAGUGUACUAAUUGAAUCUUCAAAUCCCUCCACUUCUUCAUUAUCCUCUCCCACCAUGUCAUGAGAAUGUGCAUUUCAAAGGAUUUGUCUUUGGUAUUACAAUUUGUGUAACCUUUGCCUAAUAUUUAGGUACCUAGACACCCAAUUUUGGCGCGCGUUGGUACUUCAAAACUUUGAUGGAAGUCGGCGCCUACGAGAUCACGCUCACCCAUACGCUCACGCACACACCACAAGCAAUACCCAUAUACAAACUAUCGACUAUCGACUAUCGACACACUACUUGAAGCCUCUUUCUACCUAUCAAACGUUAAUUCCUCCCCCACCUCUUCCGAUUCUCUUCCAAGCUCCCGACAACAUUAGCCAUACGAGAUACGAGAGGAUGACUAGGAUUACUGCCCACUUCAUCAUCAUCAACGACCGUGGGCCUCCUUCAAUAUUAUUCGUAGACCAUCGCAUACCUAUGACAUUGUCCUCCCAAAGCCCGACAUGACCCGAAACCCGUUGAGGACCAGUGUGCCAGCUUGGGUGGAGCUUUACGAUAAAGAAGCCCACGGCCCCAGGCCACAAGAACACAUCACUCCUCCCGAAGCAAGCAUAAGUCCGGAGCAGAGCAAGGGGAACCAUUCACUGAAGCGGAGGAUAUCAAAGGAUGGUUACGUUAACUGGGUCGACGAAAGACAUGAUCAUGUGUCUAAACUACCCGUGUUUCUAAGAAAACGCGCCGAUAAGCCGGGGAGGAGAUGGGACCAUUUACGCACGGCAGAGCCGGUUAUUAUGGGUCUGGGCUACCGACCGCCUAAUGAAGAUCCUCACGAAAGAUGGAGGCAGUUUAUCCGAUCAUCCUCCUACGGGCGAAAUAUCGAAGACAACUACGAGGUGGUGUCACCCGAAGUAUUCGCGCAGCAAAUGCCGGGCCUCGGUAUGCCGGUUCGGAGCCCGCUUCAUCCUCUGGAUCCCAAGACGAAGAGAAAAUCCAGAAAGGACACGUGGAUAAUGCGGUUCUGGAAUUUUGUGUUGCGACAUCCGAUCGCACCGCUCAUUUUCCGCCUGGUAGUGUUAAUCACUACGAUCGCUGCUCUUGCUCUGGCUUGUAAUAUCUAUCAAAGAGAGAGGGACCCGAACACUCCCAACGACAGCGUUCCAGAGUCAUCGCAAGCGAUUGUCGCGAUAGUUAUCGAUGUUGUGGCUAUCCCUUACAUUUUAUAUAUGGUCUGGGACGAGUACACAGGAAAGCCGCUGGGACUUCGACCUCCGGCACAGAAGGUGUCGCUUACACUCCUCGAUCUCAUAUUCAUCGUAUUGAAGGCAGCCAGUGCGGCAUUGGCAUUCGAAGCACUUGUAUAUCAUAGCGGGGAUGGGACUUCGGAAGAUCCCCGUUGGACAACAACGGAAAAGGUAUCUCUUCAUUUGGCUAGGGGUCUUGCAGCAUUAACGUUGGUGGGGUUGAUCGCCUGGAUUCUGAAUUUCACUAUUAGCGUGUUCAGACUGGCAGAGAAGCUCGGUGGAAUAGAUAAUGUGGCUGAAAAAUGAAGUACUUGAACGUUAGGCAAAAUAGGUUACAAGCAGAUGAAUAUACCCCCUUCAAAUAUACCUAGCAAGGAUAAUUUCUAUUGCCUCUGGUUCUACGCCUAUGUACCAAAGGCAUUUCAAUAUUCCUUUAUCGAUGGGGUCUCCUGAGCUUUAGUUCUGUGCUCCCUUUUCGAAAGGGAUUGAUAGGAGGUAACUGCAUGUGGUAGUGUACGGGAAGUGUAAGGCAGGAAGCCUGACCUGAUGUGUUGAUCAAGAACACGAAGACAAACAUUGAAGGGCUCAAAUUCUAUCGGUUAAGGAUGUUAGUGGGAACAUUGAAUAAAUACAACAUUUGAACAUUGGAUUCAAUGUUGGUACCAGGUUAGGUACUUAUAUACACUCAGUGAUGUAGGUAGUAGCAGCCUCGAAUGUGAA